AUGGAGGUAUUCGAGGAGGCAGUUGGGCAAUGCGGCCUCAAUCCUUUGCUAUCAGCUUUGACUCAGGCCAGUGGCUGGCUCAAAUACAGUACAGGGAUUGUGUCAAGUGACACGCUUGACAAGGCAAUACUCGCUUCACGUUUCUGGGAUCCAGAGGGAGAAAUCGUGGUCCACUUCUUCAAGCAAGCUGUUGAAGAUCGCGAGAUUGCCCGUGCUCGGGUCUUGCUCAGACAUGGACUAGAUGUCCAUCAGCGAGCAGGCGGAACCACAGCCAUUGAGCAUGCAUGCGCACCACCGUUGGUAGUGAAACUGUGCACAACGAGCAUCGGCAAAGCUUUCCUUCAGUCUCUUUUGGAUCAUUCUAACUCGGAGAGACUGAGGGACUUUUCCCCCGAUAAACAGGGGCUGAGUUUGCUGCAUCGAGUCGCCUCUCCAUCAGAUGAGCCAGGCCUUGGCUGGCUUAUCCGAGAGCUUGUCGCAAAAGGGGCAGACAUCAAUGCGAUGAACUCAUCGUUGGUCCCUAAGCGACGAGCGCCGCCGAUUGCACAUCAUGUGUGGGCAAGGUCGUUCUACUGUGCAACCUCUCUUCUUGAGAUGGGUGCUGACCCUUCGCUCGGCGACGACUUUGAUGCAGUUCACUUUGCAACGAUGCGAGUCAAUGUGGCAUUUCUCAAAGCCAUACUUGGCUAUUCACGAGCAAAUCAUGGCAAGAUCGAUUGGACUAAGUCGUAUCACUGGAAAGUGAGUGGACGUUACUGGGAAGGAACCCAUCUCCAUCAUGCUUGCCAUCUUGGCCACCUGGAAUGCACCAAGUUCUUCAUCGAAGAAGGGCUUAUCGGGCCUGAAACAGUUGCAUCUGGUGCCUUUACCCCUUUGCACUUUGCUGCGAUAAGUGGCAGUGCAGACAUCGUCGACUAUCUCGUGUCCAAGGACUCGGGGGUCAACGUCAUGGACACAAUAAACACCACUGCGCUCCACCUCGCGGCCAGUAGAGGUCAUCUCGAGGCCACAAAAGCCUUGGUAAGACUAGGCGCUUCAAACUCAAUUGAUGUCGACGGCUUGAGCCCAAGAAUGUGCGCCGAAUCUCAAGGCCACCACGAAAUCGUUCAAUUCCUUGAUGGAACAUUCCAGGAUUCCAACCACCCAGAACAACAGGCCAGGAUGAUCCGCGUUGAGUCAAGGGCUUGGCGCAAAAUAAUGAAGGAAGCUAUCGAAGCCGACAAUCUCACCGCAUGCAGGGCUGGUCUUGACGAUGGCUGCCCGCUCGACGAGGGCAUCCUUGGCACUGGUUCUUGCUCUCCCUUAUCAUAUGCCUUGAUCAAACGUCGAGAAGGUAUAUCCCAACUUUUCAUCGAGCGCAAGGCGAGCACGUUAGUUCCCUUUGUCCGACAGAACCACUUCUAUAAGGGCGCGUUGGGCUACGCCUCGGGUAGACGGGAGCUUGUUUCAAUCCUCCCAUCGCUCCUCUCUCGCCACCUUGAGGAAGGGAAUAGUAUGUAUGGAUUUGCUGAGCCACUUUGGCAUGCCGUGGGUGCAAGAAGCGAGGAGGGCGUACGGCUUAUACUGAAGCAUCUGUUGGAGAACUCAGGCAGGAUCGGCCAGAUGAACCAAGUUCCGUCUGACAAGGUCGUCAUCCAGAUACUAAAACUUCUCUCUUUAUUUCUGAUGGGGAACAAGGAGCCGAGGAUGACGACGGCGUUGCACUGCGCGGUAAGAAACGGGUCUACAACAAUCGCCAAACUUCUGGUCCAGUAUGGGGCAAACGUCGAUUCCAUUGAUGGAAAUGGGGCAGGUCCACUGCAUGAAGCUCUCAACGCAGAAACGGCAGCGUUCCUCAUCAAGUUGGGGGCAUCGCCAGCUCCUCUUCUCACAAACACCAUCUACGACCUGCAUUUCAGUUGGGGGACUCGGCUCGCCAACUUGACCAACAUCUGCCUCACCAAUGCCCCGGAAUACAUAAGUCUUCAAGCCUUAGAUAUUCUAGAGCGCCCCUCAGAUAUUUUGCCAAGAGAUGUGCCUCAUGAGUACUUGAUGUCAGUCCUGGCCCUGGAAACCAAUGGCCUUGCCUCUUUCGUGCACCGGCGCGAGGAUGGCGCCCUCAUGGAUCUGUUUCAAAGAACAGGCGUUGGCCAGAGCUUCAUUCUGAACUCGGAAUUCUCACUUGAAGAUAUGGGCCCUUUUGCGUGGCACGCGGAGACCCGCUGGAGUUUUGGAGGGCUGCCCUUCCUCAACAAGACUUUUCGCCAACUGCAGCGUCGGUUUCAUCCCGAAUCAGUAAAAAGAUGGCUCAAUCUCGAGCCGGAUCGUGGAUGGAGCCCUCUCUGCAGAGCAGCCUCACAGGAUCUAGUCACCAUAAUGGAAAACUGUUUAUCUCUGGAUGCGAAAAUCGACUUUGAAGGAUGUCCUUUCGGCUCAGCUCUCAUGAUAGCCAGCGCCUGUGGCAGGCUUGAGGCCGUCAAGUUUUUGGUUCGGAGAGGAGCAACAACGAGCUACAUCGGCCGCCGGGGAUCCAUCGAUGUCCUAUCGGUGGCCCGCUCUGCCUCUGUGAGAUCAUGGCUGCUGGUCGGGCGCUUCAACGAACAACUAAGGAUCUCGACGGGCGACAUGGCCAGCUCCUCUCCUCCAGCUCAGAUAUUCCCCUGGAGCGGAAUCGCCCAAGCGAAACUCAGGCAUGUGGGUGUUGGUAGGAGAGUUCUAGGCCAGUCGACUCUCAGCUAUGCCAGAGAAUUGGCGGCUCUUAAAAGAAAGAUGCGAGGUCAGAUCGCUGUCAGGAUAGACGGGUUGGUGUAUCCACAUCAAGGGAACACAUCCAACACCAGAGCGCAGGUUUCAACGCUCGAAGGGAACAUCGAGGAUUGCAUGUGUCACGGAGAUGGACACCCUUCACGACAGUUUGGGUGA